AUGCAGAACGUUAUCCUUGCCCAUGACGGUUCGGUUGUUGCCCCACGUCGGUAUUCCACAACGCAACAGCAGACGGCCCAGCAGCCUAGCUCAUCCACACACUCAACGCGUAAUCAGAAGCACCACCAUCAACAGCUGCAGCAGCAAUCGGAUGCAGAUGAUAAUUGCGCCUAUCUGCAACGCCAUUGUAUUCCAUCAAAGGUAGAGGGUUUAUUCAGCAAUGUGUUGAAUGAUCUCCCGAAUGACCCUUUGCUCCACAUUGUCGAGCAACUACGUGCCAGUAACAACAGCAACAACCUUAGCAAUGGCGGCAAUCCCCCUAACCAUAGUAAACAGGCAACGAAUGAGUCCAUACGGGAGGGUGCCACCGGUAGCGGCACUACUGAAGGUAAGGAGCCAGUCCCACCAACUACACCAUGUGCGCCCUUCACCCGAACUGCAUUGGUGAGUGAGGGCUUGAAUCCUGAGCCACCGACACGCGGCAACAACCCCGUCAGCGGUGCUGAAGACCCUUUUGUGCAUUCUAUGAAUGUGGCCACAGAGUCUGGUUGCCGCCCUGUCGGUGAAAAUUUGAAUACCCCACCAGCGAGCGUAGAUGCGGCGGGAUUAUCACUAGCUAACGCGACACCAACGACGACACCUCUAACGACAUCUGCCACGCCUUCAGUAACGACGUGCGAGUCCAUGAAUGCCUUCACGCUUGCAUCUGGGCGAGCAAGGACUCCAACGCCGCCGGCAUUUUCCGAAUUAAGUUGCACCAACUAUCGUGGGAGUGUCAACGGUGCGCGACCCGCUACCCACGCAAUGCGGCCGUCGUCAAGAGGGAGCAGCAGGAAUGAGGUGGUUCAGGGGGUAUGUGGUGUCCGUUUUGGGGCAACCAACGACAUAUUCUAUGGGGGGCCAAUGCCACCCACACUGGAUCGCGACGAAAGCACACGUAGCGACCUUUCGGCCUUCAGCGUGGCGUCCAUGGACUUGCAAGACUUUCUACAGGAGUUCCGCAGCGCCAAGGUCGAGAGCGUAGGGGCAGAAGCGAAGAUGGUGGAUAUCAACGCCCUCUCCGACAUCAUUCAGAAUGUAAAUAUUCCACUUCCAGAUACUCCAAUCAUUGCGGACUUGUUUGAUGAAGUUAGGAAUAUCGCCGCACUGCGCUACGACACUGAAGCAUCACCCGAUCAAGCGAAUGACAUGGAAUGUCAGAAGCGCAUAUCGGCGACAACGACAGUGGUGACGGGGUCUGAGUCGAAUUUAAUUGACUGUAUAUAUUUCGAAGCCUUUCUAGCGCGAAUGGCGUUCAUGAUCCAAGGCCGUUACCCGAUGGAAGUCUUGCGCGGGACUUUCUAUUCUAUAGGUGAGUCGGCUCGGCAGAAGCCAUCGGCGGAUGGCGCAGCACAGCCCUCAUCAGUGACACCACCACAGACAACGCAGCAGCAGCAGCAACAGAAGGUGUGUGCAGAAGAUAUCCGCGGCCCCAGCACAAGCUCCUUUGGUGUUGCGAGCAGGCCGUACCGUGUGGCUGCAAAGUCGGGUUGUAGAAACAGCAACAGCGGUGCACUCUCCGCCGACAGCAGUAGCAAUACACACACCUCUCCAACUGUCAUUCCCACCACCGCCGCCUGCCCAAUAAACUGCAGUGCAGCAGAACAAGCAGCCGAGCCCUCGGCACUCCUUAACGGUGUGCCACUCGCCAUAUGCGUGGAGGAGGGUCUCUGGCGUGGGCUCGGCUUGCCUGCAACUCGUGAAGAAGUGGAGCGCGCCCUGCAUACUCUUGGAAUACCGGUGGACGGCAACUACAAGUGUCACGUCAAUGACUUUGUGCGUCUGGUCACCGUUCUGACAAGUGGAGGGAUGUCAGGGCUCUCGUGUGAGAAAACGUCACCUUGGGGCCCUGUGGGGAUUGGGCGUGAGAGUUCAUUUCUGCAGCAGCCGCAGGAAUAA